AAAAUAACCCCAUCACUACAACCGAGAUGUGAGCCACAAAAGUGACAAUUCCGGAGAGUUAACCACAAGCUACCAGGAAACUCCAACUCUGCUAUUUAAACAAAUUAUUGAUUUGAAAUCACAGCAUGUGAAAUUCACCUAAUUCAAGUCAAAUCAAGGGCUCAGGAGCAAAUUGUCCAUUUGCAGUGUUUUGUGAUCCCAACCUCCUUUCCCUUCCCUCACAAUCCCCUCCUGACUGACUCGAGCUUGGCCUCCAUCCUGGACCCUGGCAUUCUCUUGGUCUUUCGAAUUCACACCAGCUGGACUGUCCACAGCGGGUGUCUGGCUUUGUGUCAGUGCCUGCCGGUGCCUGAUGUGUAUUUUCGUGUGGAAACGGGCAUGGCUGAGGGAGGACCUGAAGCGCCCUCUCCAUGAAGCAGGUGUAGGAGGACACUGGGGUUGUUCCCAGAAGAACACGAGGAGUGGGAUGUCGAGGACUCUCAGGGGAGCUCUGGCUGUUCCAGAGGCCGCCUUUGUUGUCCGUCCCCCUUUCUCUCUGCCCCAGAAAGGUCACCCCCUAGGUGUCAGACUUGUGCAUCGAGAGCUCCUUGGGGAUGCCAGGGAGCAUCAAACGCCCUAAGAGUGUGUGGUCCAUGUCUCUGGGAUUUCAAAUUGUACCUGUGUGCCCCCUCAGGGAAUUGGAUGUCCUGAUUCACGCUCAGGCAAGAGAGCUGACCCAGUUACGGCAGAAGGUGAAGGAAGGGAGGGAUGACUGUGUCCUGCUCGUUCAGCACCUCACCGACCUCCUCACCCACAAAGACCUUGGCAAGGACCAGGGGCAGGGCUUGCGAGAGCAGCUGACUGAGGGACACAGGCUGGCAGAGCGCCUCGCCCGCAAGUUCAGCCCAGAGAGCCAUGAAGAUGAGGAGGACGACGACGAAGAAGCAGCACUCAGCCCCAGGUAACAGCACCUGUCAGGAUGUGGUCAUGGGGAGAUAAAAUAUGGAGAGGUCCCAGGAAGAAGAGUAAGUGAGGUCAAGAGAGUCACAGACGCCAGAUGCAAGGAGAAGCAGAGUGCAGACUGAAUUUUCUUCCUUCCCUCCUCCCACCUGGGCUCGCCUGUGUCUUGUCUCUGUGGCACCUGUGUGUGUGACCCAAGGCAAUGCACUGCCCUUAGGAUCUCCUGUGCACACAGGGAGUAUCUAGCCUCUCCUACAUGAACUCCAAGGUGCGAAAGAUAUCUCUUGCCACCAAGCUGUCUUGGGUCACUGGGAGGAAUGUAACUAAAAGGAAAUAACUUGAAAAAUGUAACACCAAGAAAAUUGUCUAGAUGUCCCAAAUGUACGUGUCAUGUGACAAUCAUUCUAAUAAGGCGCCUUAGAGGGCUUUCUGUUCCUAAAAGAAGGCAUAGGCAUCUCUGGGAGUCUAUGAUGCCUUAGUAGGUGAAUUCCCUUGGCUGCUUUAUGUUGAAUAUUAUGCGACUCAGGCACAUGGUGCUAGCGCCUGGUGUGGUAGUUCAUGUGUGGCUCAUGUUCCGGAAAGCACCACACUGGGUUGGCUGAGUGUCCUUCCUCAUCAGACGAUGUGUGGCCAGGGCAGGGAGCGUGUGCUGGUCUCUCUGCCUCCCAACCUGUGGAGCCACACUGCACUUCACACACAGCAGCACAGUUACCUUCUUCUUUGAGGAUAUUGCCCUUUUGCUUUCUGUGACCACUCCCUGUGCCUCCCCUGCGACCACCCGGGACAGCUUGGUGUCUGUCCCUCUCAGUUUAAUGUUCCGUCAUUCGUUUCCCACCUGGCACAGCGUGGAAGUGCAGGAGGUUGCAAAGGAGGAGGUGCUACAGGACUCCCAGGAUGCAUGCAUUUCGACCCCUUCAAUGGUCCAGGAAAGGUCUGACUGCACCCAGCCUUCCGGUGAUGGCACAUGUGCAUCUGAUGAGCCAAAAGUUGGCCCUGCUGCAGAUGGAGCCUGUGCUGGCUCCCGCGCCAAAGAGGAUGACGUUCCCACCCCUCCCCCAGCAGAAAAUCAGAAUGGUCAUGAGGAAGUGGAUGGACAAGAGCCACUGCCCCCCAGCGCGGAGGUGCAGGAGGUUGCAAAGGAGGAAGUGCUCCAGGCGUUCCCAGAUGAAGCUGUUUUGGCUCCUUGCAUUCAGCAGGAAGGUUCUGACUGCUACCCGCCUUGCAGUGAUGGAAAACUGGCAUUUGAUGAACAGAAAAAGGGGUCUGCUCUGCAUGGAGCCUGUGGUUGCUCUCCUGCUGCAGAGGGUGAAAUUCCAGCUGGUCCCCCAGAAAGCCAGAAUGAUCAUAAUGGGGUGAAAGAACCAGAGCCACCUGUCCCCAGGCCUCCGUCCCCCACCAGGCUCCGCGGGGAGCUGCCGCCGAUGGCAGAGCGUGGUGUCCCACAGAACUCACUGGAUGGAAGCGCUUGGUCUUGCCCAGGUCUUCCCGACCUGUCGGACUCCUUCUGGCCUUACAGGAGUGCUGCCACCCUCUCACUUGAGAACGUGGAUGUCCCUGAUGCUCAGGAUGCAACCAGUGACACCUGGGGGGAUUGUCACAAAGUGCCUUUGAGUUUUGGAAGGCCAGAGAUGCAAAGUUCACAAGCUCAGCUGCAGACAAGCACCCAGGUGGCCAAUGAUCUGCAACUGCGCCUCGACCAGCAUUUAGAUCGUGGUGAUGGCAAAGCCAGGCUCCGCCUUUCCUCCAACAUCCAGGGCUUUACUGCCAACACUGAUACUGGGAACCAAGGGCCACUCUUCCGAGAGCUGGGUCUGGAUGCCUCCAUCGGAAUGAAGACCCCUCCCAAGCUGGAGGGUGAGGGCUCAGCUGCCAGCAGGCAGGAGUGUCACGUGUGUCACCGCCUUCAUGCCUUAAGUUUCCUGAAAGAGAAGAUUAUCCAAAGAAAACUGCAGUUCAGCAAGUGGAGACUGGCCUGCAGAUUCCCUGGCCUCCUUGCUUAGGGUACCGAGGUAUCAGUUACUUCCAGAACUAAGAAGAGUUGUUGCCCAACCCCAAGAAACCACAGCAGAAAAGAUUCCUUUUCCACCUGAUGAGAAAAACCGACAACAGCCAAUCAAGUUGAAGCCCCAAAGGAACACUGGAGGGAUCCUCUCCUGAGAAUCAGCAUCUCAACCAUCACCUCCUCCACCCACCGUUUUUACUCCAAAAGACUGAUCUCAUGAGAGAAAUCCCAGUCAUCGGCCUCCUCCCAGGCUUCGGUGUGAUCAGUCGAUGAGGAGACCAGGGCCCAGGUGGACUACAGUUUGGAGCGACCUUCACCCUUGCUCCUGUCCACAUGCAUCCUCCUCACACAGGCAUCAGGAGCCGCUGGCAGACGGCCCCAUGUCCACCUGGACAUUCUUUGUCAGCACACGGGCUGUGGUCGGAGCAGACGCCCUUAGCUGUGCAGUGUUCUUGCCGAAAGUGUUCCGCCUGAGUGUCUUCAUGAGGUAGUUAUCAGACAGCUGCAGAAUGUAGGCCAGUGGCCCAGACACCUGGCCUGUCGUUCUUCAAACAGUCCAUGUCUCCACAAAGAAGACAACCAACAGGAGAAGAGAGAUUUGGGGUUCCGAAGGACUAAGAAGUUUAUGUGACUAUAAUUCUUGAGUCCUUUUGAACCCCAAACGUCUCCUCACCUUUUGUGAUUGUCUUUGACUGUGGGGACAUUGACUGGUUUGCAGAGGACAAGUCAGUUGUCUGGCUCACAAGUCUGCAUCCUUCAGUUGUCUGAUGAUUUCCUCCUGAUGCAAUUCAGGGGAACGCUUUCGCCAAGAGCACCACCUAGUGCCUGCUGUGUGCUUCCUAGCACAGCCCCGCAGGAGGCUGAGAGUGUCCACACUGCCUGCCACCACUCUUGUCAUUCGAGCAUUGGACGCUUUGUUCUGGAGGGCCCUGUGAGAUCUGUCCAUUGGAAAGACCUGUUUUUCUCUCUCUGAUCAGUCAUUUGCUUAGUGGUGUAUGAAUUAGAGGCCAUGAACUAUCUUCUUCUGUGAUGCUGUUUCUCUAACAAGUUGCCAUGCCUUAUCAAUCCCCGAUUGAUGAUUCCUGAUAUGUGUCCAUUACCAUAUUUGUUGGUAUGUUGGAAACUUCCUGAUGUAGUCAUUCUAUAGACUUGUAAUUGCUGGCAUUGUGCUGUGGAAUGGGCAGUCCCUACCCUUUCAUGUCAUGAAAAGUUUUCUUGAGUUUCACUGUGUCUUCUACAUGUUUCAAAUUAUUCCUAAAUUAAAAAUAGUAUAAUAAAAAAUAAAAUAUC